AUGAAUGUAUCAGAUUCAAGAGCCAAGCUGUGCAGGAUAUUUUUGAAUGUCUACAAGCUUUUAGAUGAUUUGGUGGGGCUAGACUUUGUGAAAGAUACUGGCAAUGGUAAUGAGUGUGCAUCACAGUAUAGUAAUAUUAGGACCCUAAAUGAUAGUACUUUAAGGCUUGUUGACAUCAAGAAUAUUAACUUGAAGCAUAUUCACAAUCUUACAAACAAGAUAUCUGAUGUUGAUGAAGAUAAUGGGGAUAACAGAAACAAUAGAGCUGAUAAAGACAACAGAGAUAACAGAGAUGAUGAAGAUAAUGAAGAUAAUGAAAAGAGCAGUUCUCAUGUUCUUGAGAAUACAGAGUGUGAAAAGGCCAGAAAAUAA